AGCGCGCAGCUCGCCAGUCCCUCAGUUUGCCCGGCGCCAGGGGAGGGUCGGAAGGCAUCUCCAGGGCCCGUGGGCUCUGCGAAGCGGGGAAGAGGUUCUGGAGGGGAAUGGUACAUCUGGAUUCCAGCGGCCGCGGCUCGGCGCCAGAUCCCGGACUGUAGAAAUUUGGGGGGAGGGGAGAGCGAGAAGGAGCGAGGCGAGCGCCUGAGAGAGGCAGCGCGCAGCACGCACGGCCAGGGGCUGCCGGGUGCCGCGCGGAGAAAAUGUAAGCGCGUGGAGUCUAGCUGGCCUCCGAGCACCAUGCAGAAGGGGAUCCGGCUGAACGACGGCCACGUCGCGUCCCUGGGACUGCUGGCGCGCAAGGACGGCACGCGCAAGGGCUACCUGAGCAAGCGGAGUUCGGACAACACAAAAUGGCAAACCAAGUGGUUCGCGCUGCUGCAGAACCUGCUCUUCUACUUCGAGAGCGACUCGAGCUCGCGGCCCUCGGGGCUCUACCUGCUGGAGGGCUGCGUCUGCGACCGCGCGCCCUCUCCCAAGCCUACGCUCUCGGCCAAGGAGCCGCUGGAGAAACAGCAUUAUUUCACGGUUAACUUCAGCCACGAGAACCAGAAAGCCUUGGAGCUGAGGACAGAGGACGCCAGGGAUUGUGAUGAGUGGGUGGCAGCCAUCGCUCACGCCAGCUACCGGACCCUGGCCACGGAGCACGAGGCAUUGAUGCAGAAGUACUUGCACCUGCUGCAGAUCGUGGAGACUGAGAAGACGGUGGCCAAGCAGCUGCGGCAGCAGAUCGAGGAUGGGGAAAUUGAGAUUGAGCGGCUGAAGGCAGAGAUCGCAUCCCUGCUCAAGGACAAUGAACGCAUCCAGUCCACCCAGACUGUCACCCCCAGCGACGAAGACAGUGACAUCAAGAAAAUCAAGAAGGUGCAGAGCUUCCUGCGGGGCUGGCUGUGCCGGCGCAAGUGGAAGACCAUCAUCCAGGACUACAUCCGGUCGCCGCAUGCCGACAGCAUGCGGAAGAGGAACCAGGUGGUGUUCAGCAUGCUGGAGGCCGAGGCCGAGUACGUGCAGCAGCUGCACAUCCUUGUCAACAACUUCCUGCGCCCACUGCGGAUGGCCGCCAGCUCCAAGAAGCCUCCCAUCACGCACGACGAUGUCAGCAGCAUCUUCCUGAACAGCGAGACCAUCAUGUUUUUGCACCAGAUCUUUUACCAAGGCCUGAAGGCCCGCAUCUCCAGCUGGCCCACUCUGGUCCUUGCCGACCUGUUCGACAUCCUGCUACCAAUGCUCAACAUCUACCAGGAGUUCGUCCGCAACCACCAGUACAGCCUGCAGAUCCUGGCGCACUGCAAGCAGAACCGCGACUUCGACAAGCUGCUGAAGCACUACGAGGCCAAGCCCGACUGCGAGGAGAGGACGCUGGAGACCUUCCUCACCUACCCCAUGUUCCAGAUCCCCAGGUAUAUCCUGACGCUGCACGAGCUCCUGGCCCACACCCCUCACGAGCACGUGGAACGCAACAGCCUGGACUACGCCAAGUCCAAACUGGAGGAGCUGUCCAGGAUAAUGCACGACGAAGUAAGUGAAACAGAGAACAUCCGGAAGAACCUGGCCAUUGAGCGCAUGAUCAUUGAAGGCUGUGAAAUCCUCCUGGACACCAGCCAGACCUUCGUGAGACAAGGAUCCCUCAUCCAGGUGCCCAUGUCUGAAAAGGGCAAGAUCACCAGGGGGCGCCUGGGGUCUCUGUCCCUCAAGAAAGAGGGCGAGCGACAGUGCUUCCUGUUUUCUAAGCAUCUGAUCAUCUGUACCAGAGGCUCUGGUGGGAAGCUUCACCUGACCAAGAAUGGAGUCAUAUCCCUCAUUGACUGCACUUUAUUGGAGGAGCCAGAAAGCACGGAGGAAGAAGCCAAAGGAUCCGGCCAAGACAUAGACCACCUGGAUUUUAAGAUCGGGGUGGAGCCAAAGGAUUCCCCAUCCUUCACUGUCAUCCUUGUGGCCUCGUCCAGACAGGAGAAGGCGGCGUGGACCAGUGACAUCAGCCAGUGUGUGGAUAACAUCCGGUGCAAUGGGCUCAUGAUGAACGCAUUUGAGGAAAAUUCCAAGGUCACUGUGCCGCAGAUGAUCAAGUCCGACGCCUCCUUAUAUUGUGAUGACGUGGACAUUCGCUUCAGCAAAACCAUGAACUCCUGCAAAGUGCUGCAGAUCCGGUAUGCCAGCGUGGAGCGGCUGUUGGAGAGGCUGACGGACCUGCGCUUCCUGAGCAUCGACUUCCUCAACACCUUCCUGCACUCCUAUCGCGUCUUCACCACUGCCGUCGUGGUCCUGGACAAGCUCAUCACCAUCUAUAGGAAGCCCAUCAGCGCCAUCCCCGCCAGGUCAUUGGAGCUCUUGUUCGCCAGUGGCCAGAACAGCAAGCUCCUGUACGGCGACCCCCCCAAGUCACCACGCGCCACCCGCAAGUUCUCCUCACCCCCACCCCUGUCCAUCACCAAGACGUCAUCCCCGAGCCGCCGGCGGAAGCUCUCCCUAAACAUCCCCAUCAUCACGGGCGGCAAGGCCCUGGACCUGGCCGCCCUCAGCUGCAACUCCAACGGCUACACCAGCAUGUACUCGGCCAUGUCGCCCUUCAGCAAGGCCACGCUGGACACCAGCAAGCUCUACGUGUCCAGCAGCUUCGCCAGCAAGAUUCCAGAUGAGGGCGAUAUGAGCGCUGAGAAGCCCGAAGAAUACUCAGCUCCCAGCAAGCAGA